CAGGCUAGGGAACUGCUCUCAUUCAAAAUGUGAAUAAAACCUCGUAGUUACAUCUGCAGCUUUUAUAAAUCUCCUACAACUGUCCGUGGAUCUCAGAUUAAAUCCACAUCCGGCCCGGUGUGGCUGAACUGUGAGACUUCACUGCGAAACGGAACGACGGGAGUGACAUUUCCUCGUCACACGGAUGAAAUUAAAGGUUCACGACUUUUUUUAAUUUUUUUAUUUUUAUUCUAAGAGGACAUCACUUCGGGGACAUAUUUUAUUAUUAUCAUUACGAGGACAUUUCUUCGAGGGUGAUAGAUUAUUAUGAUUAAGAGGACGUUUUCUGGAGGAGGACAGAUUAUGAGGACUACCGUCUUCAGAUGUGGGGACUGUAAUGCAUCUUUAUUGUAAGCUAACACUGACACAGACUAAUGGUAGCGUCGUCGCUUCUACAUUCCCGAUAAUAAUCCGAGUUUAGAAGCUCCGUGUGGUUCAGGGCGGGAUUACUCAGCUGGUAGUCGGUCUGUGUGGACCUGCUCCAGGCAGCAGGGCAGCUAUGAGGCCGGCUGGAGCCUCCGGGUUAUGUCACUGCCAGGCUAACAGAUAGCUCCGAGUCUGUCGCUCCUCCGUCUGCCUCCAUGCUCCGUCCUGCAGACUCGCCAUCAUGUAGACUGUGGCCGUGGACAGCUCAGUUGUCCUGGGACAGCGCAGUGUGUUAGCCAGCCGCCUCUCCAGGUGGGUCACAGACCUCCGGACUCCUGAAUGCACCAUGCCCAGGCUGCAUGUCAUGAAAUAAUCCCGCAGUACGAAAAGCAGGAGCUGCACUGUUGAAGUAUCCCGGGGAUAUUUUGGACUCCAGGAUUGUUUUAUUUCACCCAUCGAGAAGGACUACAGCCUCCAUCCCAGAUCUGAGCUUCAGUUGGACCUGCAGCCCAUCACCAUGGAGCCUGUGGGGGAUUUUGAGUACAGCAGAAAGGACCUGGUUGGACAUGGAGCCUUUGCUGUGGUGUUCAAAGGAAGACACAGGAAGAAGACGGAUUGGGAGGUGGCCAUUAAGAGCAUUAAUAAGAAGAACCUGUCCAAGUCCCAGAUCCUCCUUGGCAAGGAAAUCAAAAUCCUGAAGGAGCUGCAGCACGAGAACAUUGUAGCACUUUAUGACGUCCAGGAAACGCCCAACUCCGUUUUCCUGGUUAUGGAGUACUGUAAUGGAGGGGAUCUCGCCGAUUAUCUGCAAGCUAAAGGGACGUUGAGAGAGGACACUCUGAGAGUUUUCCUCCAGCAGAUUGCCGCCGCAAUGAGAAUCCUCAACAGCAAAGGAAUCAUCCACCGUGACCUGAAACCCCAGAACAUCCUGCUGUCGUAUGCCGGCCGCAAGAAGUCCAACAUCAGCGGCAUCCGCAUCAAAAUCGCUGACUUCGGCUUCGCACGAUACCUCCAGAGCAACAUGAUGGCUGCCACGCUGUGCGGGUCGCCCAUGUACAUGGCUCCAGAGGUCAUCAUGUCCCAGAACUACGACGCCAAGGCCGACCUGUGGAGCAUCGGGACCGUGAUCUACCAGUGUCUGGUCGGAAAGCCCCCCUUCCAGGCCAACAGUCCACAGGACCUGAGGAUGUUUUAUGAGAAGAACAAGAAUCUGCAACCCAUAAUCCCGCGGGAGACGUCUCCACCGCUGAGUGACCUCCUGCUGGGGCUGCUGCAGAGAAACCAGAAAGACAGGAUGGACUUCGACACGUUCUUCAGCCAUCCUUUCCUGGAACCGUCAUCUACCAUCAAAAAAUCGUGUCCUGUGCCGGUGCCCAUCGCCUCCAACGCCGUGACGGACAGUUCCUGUGGCAGCUCCCCGUGCAUCCGCUACAACUCCCCCCCUUCCCUCCCGGACAUGCAGACUCUUGCAGAAGACGGCCUCUCGUCCCCGCCGCUCGGCCCACCCAACUUCCUGCAGCUGUCCAAGGAGUCUGCGGGGAGCAGCAGCAGUAAGAACUCGUCCUGCGACACUGACGACUUUGUGCUGGUGCCACACAUCUCUGCAGACAGCUACGAUCAGCCAAUGGCAGCGGGUCGCCGGCCGUCCAGCGAGUUUCUCAUGUGUGGAGGGCAGCCGCAGCUAACGUCGGGACAGACCCCCAUGGUGUCCCCGCGGGCCGAGACCACUCCCAUCCCCGUCCCCACGCAGGUCCGCAACUACCAGCGCAUCAAGCAGAACCUGUCCAGCAGCCCGACCACCACGCUGUACAGCUCGCCCAGGUCUGGUACCGUGCGGCGCUCCAACACCAGUCCUAUGGGGUUUCCUAAAGUGGGCUCAGGCUCUCCCAGCGCCGCAGACAUCGCUCAGACGGUGGGCCGGCGCCUCUCCACGGGCAGCUCCCGGCCCUACUCCCCCUCUCCUCUGGUGGGAACCAUCCCCGAGCAGCUGGGUCAGUGCUGCUGUCACCUGCAGGCUCAGGAGUCCCGCAGCCGCAGCUCCUCCGGAGGUUCCCCGGUCCCGUCCUCUCAGCUCCUGGGGGCUCGUCUGCAGAGCGCCCCCACCCUCACCGAGGUCUACCAGACCAGGCAGAAGCUCCACAAGCAGCUGUCGGACCCGGUGCAGCCGUCCUCCUCCUCGUGCAGCCACUCCCCUCAGCUCGGCCGCCCCGCCAACCUGGGCUCCUCCCCCACCAAGCUGCUGGGCUCCUCCCCUCGCACGUCCGACUGGCUCCAGAAGUCCCCUCUGCCCACCAUCAUCGGGUCCCCCACCAAGACCAUUUCAGCACCGUUCAAGAUCCCCAAAACGCAGGCGUCCUGUAACCUGAUGGCCCUGGUAGACGGUCCGCAGCCCACCAAAACGCUGGCGGACGCCCGGGACAUCUGCGUCCACCACUGCAGCCCGUACCUGGCCGGACGGGCCGCCGCGCCGGAGGCCAGCCGGACCUUUGGCAGGUCGGUGAGCACGGGCCGCCUGUCGGAGCAGCCCAUCAGGAUCACUCUGGGUGGGCAGGCCUACCAGGGCAGCACGGACAGCCUGAACACCGAGCGGCCCAUGGACACCGCCCCCGCGGGCUGCGGCUCGGCCAGCCCCCGCACCGUCCUGUUCACGGUGGGCUCGCCCCCCAGCAGCAGCACCCCGCCCACCUGCAGCCACCUGGGCACGCGACCACGCACCACCUCGGUGGGCUCCAACAGCUCCGCCGGCUCGCUGUGCUCCACCAGUGGCCGGGUCUACGUGGGUUCUCCUCCCGGCAUGGCGAUGGGCUCCUCCCCUCCCGGGGGAGGUUUCGGCGGUGGGCCGGCGGUCCCCGUGAUGGACGGGGCCCCCAGCAGCCUGCGCUACGUCCCCUACGGGACGUCUCCUCCCAGCCUGGAGGGCUUCAUCACCUUCGAGGCCCCCGAGCUGCCCGAGGAGACCCUGAUGGAGCGGGAGCACACAGACACCCUGAUCCACCUCCGGAUGAUGCUCUCCUUCACCGACUGCGUUCUGGAGAUGGCGGCGAUCCGAGCCGGGGGGGCGGAGCUCGGCGUGUCGGCCGCCUCCCUCUACCCCCCCCAGGACAGCGUGGUGGUGGACCAGAUCAGCCAGCUCAGUAAAGAGUGGGGGCAGGUGGAGCAGCUGGUGCUCUACAUGAAGGCGGCCCAGCUCCUGGCCUCCUCCCUCCAUCUGGCCAAGGCGCAGAUCAAAUCUGCCAAACUCAACCCGUCUUCUGCUGUCAAGCAGGUGGUGAAGAAUCUGAACGACCGAUACAAAAGCUGCAUCUCCCUCUGCCGGCGGCUCACCGACAAGCUCAACCACUUCUUCUCCGACAAGCAGCGCUUCGUGGACGAGAUCAACAGCGUGACGGCGGAGAAGCUCAUCUACAACCACGCAGUGGAGAUGGUUCAGUCCGCAGCUCUGGACGAGAUGUUCAAACAAACGGAGGACAUCGCCUACCGCUACAGCAAGGCCGCCAUGCUGCUGGACGGCCUGUCCAAGAUCCUGCAAGACCCCACGGACAUCGAGAACGUGGUCAAAUACAAGGCCAGUGUGGACCGCAGGAUCUCCGCUCUGUGCUACUGUACUGUCACCCUGUACGAGUAGCAGCACACACACACACACACACAGGCUGAAGCUGUGGAAGAUCCCUCCUGUAGCAGUUCAAGCACUUUGACUGGUUUGGCUUCGUUUGGACUCCGGCUGCUGUUUCUCCAGCUGAGGCACAACUCUACAACCAAAGACGACAGCAGAAGUGGAAGAAAGCUGAACGUGGACAUCGAGAUGUGAACCUUCACACGACUUUUUUUUUUUUUUUUUUUUUUUUUUGUAGUUCUGUUGUGAUAUGAGACAGCAUCACAUCAACAGGCCGGUUCUGAAUAUCAUUUGUUUGUCCCAGAGGAAAGAGAAGCUCAACGGGACUCAGAGACGAUGAUCUGGGCUUCAAACUGACUCCGGUCCUCCAUCCCAGACCUGCUUUUCUCUGUCUACUUUUGUCAUUGUUCUUAUUUAUUGGUUAAGAUGAACAUGUCUUUAAAACCUCGAGUAUUAUGGGAGGGGGAGAAAACCGAGCCGACUCACACGGACUCCAGAAUCAAACACGUGUUACACAAACUACACAACCUGGACAGUUUCUGUUUAGUUUGACUUUUCUUGUCAGCUCAAGCACUUUAUUAAAGACGUGAGGGGAGGAGUCGGAUGUCUGAAGACAGAGGUGGAGGGUGAUGGUUUUCCUUCACUCCUGCUCUGUGAGCCCAUCAGCGGGUCGAGAGGGAACCAUGGACCCCGGGUCAGGGUGGGGAUGGACCUGUCAGUGUGAACACAGCCCACAGUGUUUCAAAACAAGCAACUCAUAUCUAUUUAUUUAUUUAUUUAACCAGGUAAAACCAUCUCGCUUUAAGUCGAACAAUCUUUGUUUUCACACUCUGAAGAAGAGUUUUUUUUCCUGAGUUGGGAAUCACUGCUCUUCAGGAGUAUAAAUCAUCCCUCUGCACUCCUCCACUUCUCUGAUACAUUUAAAAGAUCAUUUUUUUUAAUGCCAACUUGUUCAGGAUCUGUAAAAAUCUAAUGAAUUAAAUGUAGAUUUUUUUUUUUCUUUUGCUUUAUUAAUUCCAUGCUGAUUUGAACAAACCUGAUCAAAGCUGUACCAUGAGCCUGUUUCACACUGACCAGUUAACCCUUCAGUUACCACGAUACAGGAGCGGGGAGGGGAGGGGAGGGGAGGGGUGGGGAGGGGUGGCUGGUGGUGGUCUUAGAUAUUCAAACCAAUCAGAAGUCCUCUGUUAACGCCGGACCACUGAAACUCACUUGACAAGUUACCCAAGUAAUAAGAAAAAACUGUAACUUUUAAGUUCUGUCUGAAUCUGUAGCUUUUUUUUUUAAUUUAAAGAAAACUUGAUGUUUGCAAACCAUGUAAAUAAUCGUAUGGAGAAGGAUUAGUGCCACACAAAAAAAUAUAAAAAAAAAAAAGCUGUUAUUAAAGUUCUGAGAAACUCAGAACAAUCUUUCUAGAUAUAAAUAUAUAUCUGUGUGGCUCUAAACCUCUCAUGAACAAGUGUGUGUGUGAGUGAAUGUGAGGAGUGUGUGGUCACUCAAAGAGCACAAAUCUUUAUAUGUAGAUACAUGAUGACUUUAUAUUGAUUUUAUUCAUGUCUGCCAAGGGUUUGAUAUGUU